GGAAUAAGCUUUUAGUUGCAUUUCAGCGUUUGCGGUGAUCAGAGUUCGCUUGUGUGCGGGAAAAUACAAAAUAACCAAAUUGAAUAAUGACAGAUAAAAUCAUUCUCUACGGUUUGGAUAAGAGUCCACCGGUACGUGCUGUCUUACUCACUUUGAAGGCAUUAAAUAUAGACUACGAAUAUGUGUCAGUGAAUCCACUUAAGGGUGAACAGAAAACGGAGGAUUACCUGAAGAAGAAUCCCUCCCAUACAAUACCACUACUCGAAGUUGAUGGCAGACACAUUGCCGACUCACAUGCCAUUAUCGCUUUUUUGGCUAGCAAAUACGGCAAGGAUGACAAACUCUAUCCGAAGGAUCUCUACCAACGUGCGGUUGUCGAUCAACGUCUGCAUUAUGAGAAUGGCGGCAUAUUUAGUAACGUCAUAAGAAAACAUCUACGCCCACUGGGUAUGAAUCAGUAUACACAAGAAGACGCCGAAGCGGCAAUAAAAGACAUUAUCGAUGUAUAUGAUGUGCUUGAGGCGUAUCUAAGCGAAAAUAAAUAUAUAGCCGGUGAACACUUAACGAUCGCUGAUUUGAGUAUUCUAUCAUCGGUGUCAGCGUUGGAUAUUGUCGUACCAUUUAAUGCCGAAAAAUGGCCGAAAUUUUAUGCUUGGUUUGCUGAAUUAAAGAAACUGCCAUAUUAUGAAGAAGUCACUGCUAAAGGAUUGAAAGAAAUCGAAGACGCACUUAAGCCGGCAAUGGAGAAAUAUAGAAAAUAAAAAGAAAAACAAAAACAAAAAAAGCAAUAAAUUAAUUUUUAUAUUGCAAUUUCUAGUCUUAAAUAAAUUUAAAUAUUUAUGUAAAUAA